CUGCUCCUGCAUGUCACCCUGAGUGCGAGCGCACAUUUGCUGCUUGAACACGACAGACAUUUGGAAGACCAAUCAAUCCAAUCUGGACUUAAAAUGCCAACACGUAAAGACAAGAGGAAAGAAUACUUGUCUGUGAAAGACCUGCAGAAACUUUUGGACUCAUGUAAACUACGCCUCAAUCAUAUUGAUGAGGUCUGGCCAAACAUCUAUAUCGGGAACGUGACAGCAGCCCAAAACAAGUCUACCUUGUUGAAAUUAGGUAUAACUCACAUAUUAAAUGCUGCUCACUCCAAGCGUGGCAGCAUAGGGAACCAAAGCUUUUAUGGCAACGACUUUGUAUAUUGCGGCAUUCCAGCAGAAGACUCGACACACUUUGACCUGGAUGUGUACUUCCAGCCUGCUGCCAAUUUCAUUCAUGAAGCUCUAAAGGCACCUGAUGGUAAGAUGCCCCGAGGUUCUCGGUGUCACUGCAUCAUGGGAAUGAGCCGCUCCUCUACCUUGGUGCUGGCGUACCUCAUGAUCUAUCACCACAUCCCGCUCAAGCUGGCUCUGCAGAAACUGAUCCAAAGAGAGCCAUCUACCCAAUCGCAUUUCCUGGCUUUGCUGUUGGAUCUGGAUCUUCAGCUGAUGAGAAAAAAAAGAAAUCAUGUCAGAUCCCUGUAA